GGCGCUCGGAACAGUAGACGAUCGAGAGAAUCGCAACGCGUGGGUAGACGAGGGCGAGUGCAGUGUGCAGUGCGUGCGGGUCUUGUGUCGCUGAAAGCUCGCGCCGCGAAGCCUCCGAGAGCGGCGGCAUCGGGCGAGCGCCCGCUUCGCGUCAGUGCCGGCCCGGCCGUGCCGAAAGCACCACGCUCCGGCAACGAUACGAUCUAACUCUUACCUGCUGGACACUUCAUUUAUACCUGCCGGCCGUCUUGUGUACGCGAAUAUAUAUUUAGUGUCAAAGACUGAGGACGGGGUCAGAUGGAUCGGCGGCGCGCGGCGGGGGCGCUGCUAGCGCUGGCCGCGUGCAUCGCGUGCUCGGCUGCGGCUCCUACAGCAAGCAAUCAGACAGCUUUAGAUUUGUAUGAAAAUGCUCCAGAAGGUUGUUUCUACAACUUCCAACAUUAUGGCGAAGGAGACCGUAUUAUGACAAACGAACCAUGCCUGAACUGUACCUGUCACAACCGAAUGCUGAUGUGCUACCUCAGGGUUUGUCCUUUCACCAAAGCCAUCGGCCAAGACUGCACUGUCGAAAAGCGAGAUGAUCAGUGUUGUCCUAUCGUCACGUGCCCCGAUGUUCCAGUUGACCUACUCACAUCUACGUCAACAACGUCUCCAGCUGAAUAUGGAGCAACUGGAAUCGGCAAACAGGAUAAAUACGGUUGCAGCAUUAACGGCAGAUAUUUCCCUGAAGGAUCUAAAGUACCUCCGACCCCGAAUAAACCAUGCGAACAUUGCUACUGUAUUCGAAACAUGACGACUUGCGUUAUGCAAGAAUGUACUCUACAUGUUGAUGGAUGUACGCCUAUCUACCAUAAAGAUGUCUGCUGUCCAAUUCGCUAUUCUUGUGAUCACGAGGAUGAAGUGCCGCUUUUGGAUGACAUGACGACUACUGUCCGACCGACACCAGGAUUUUUACUUACAACUACAACUAUGUCACCAGUAACACAGAUGACACAGGAUUGUGUUCAUGAUGAUCAAAUAUUUUCGGAUGGCGCCUUAAUUAAAACAGAGAAAGCAUGUCAACACUGUUACUGCAUGAAGGGAGACAUAGUUUGUGUCGUUCAAGAAUGUGGAGCUCCUAUGGAAAAUGAAGGCAAAAACUGUACAUCUUUACCACCACGUGAAGGACAAUGCUGUCCAGACACAUAUAUAUGUGAAGGCGAUGAACUGACUUCCGAUCUACCAACUGAACCCGCCACAGAUUCGAUGAUAGAACAACUAACUACUCUAUCGCCUCCAAGAAGAACUGGCGUGGAAGGAAGUGGCUACAGAAAUGAACCUGAUGAAGCACCUUAUACUGAAAUGCCUACCGCAACUGAAUUAGAAGGAAGUGGGGAAGAACCUGAACCAGAAAUUUCAAAACCUCUUGGCCCUAUGGAUAUAAUAACAACUCCAGGAGAUGAAGACCAAUACAUUUUUAGCUCAACAAAAGCUCCUGACGUGACCGAAGACGAAAAAACAACACCAGAAAUCAAUAAGAACAUUAUCCCAGACGAAGGAGAAAAAACCGACGAAUCUCAUGGCUAUGGUCCAACGACAAGUGCUCCUAUUAGUGAAGAAAUAGAGAAAACUACCAGCAAAAUGACGGAGGAAGAAAUUUCUAAGCAAUCAACGAAGGCACCUGAAGUACAAGAAAGUACAACUAAUUUAGGUGAAGAACAAAACACUGUUCCAGAUGUAAUUCCCGAAGAAGAAAUCGGCAAACCACAUGAACAUGUACCGAGCACAACAAAUGCACCAGUCACUAGUGAUACUGAGGCAGAUGUAGAUAAAGAUAGCAAAACACCUGAAAAAGAACCUACAAUAGAUAGUGCUUUGGAUGAAACACUAAAAGAAACUACUACACAAUCUGCAGCCGCAGAAACUGUCUCUGUAAAAGAACAAACUGAGAGUGAUAUCACAAGAACAACUCCAACUUCAAUAGAAGGAAGUGAAGGCCCUAUUCAAGAAGAAAAAGAAAGUUCUCCACCUAAUGAAGUAACAUCCGAACCUACAGGUAGCUCUGAUGAGGAAAUGAAAGAAAGUUCUAAACCUGACGAAGUAACACCUGAAACUACAAGCAGCUCAGCUGAAGGGGAACAGGCAAGUUCUAAGCCUGAUGAAUAUGUUCCUGGCUCAACCAGCAGCCCAGCUGAAGAAGAAAAAGAAAGUUCUAAACCCGACGAAUAUGUUCCUGACACAACAAGUAGCCCCGCUGAAGCAGAAAAAGAAAGUUCUAAACCCAACGAAUAUGGUUUUGGCACAACAAGUAGCAUAAUUGAAGGAGAAAAAGAAAGUUCUAAACCUGAAGAAUAUGUUCCUGGCACAACAAGCAGCCCAGCAGAGGAAGAGAAAGAAAGUUCUAAGCCUGACGAAUAUGCACCAGAGACUACAAGGCGCCCAGGUGAAGAUGAAACUGAAAUUUCUCCAACCGACGAAUAUGUUCCGGUCACAACCAGUAGUCCAGGAGAAGAAGAGAAGGAAAUCUCUAAACUUGAUGAUGUAGCAUCUGGCACUACAAGUAGCCCAGUAGAAGAAAAGAAAGAAAGUUCUAAACCUGACGAAGUAACACCUGAAACUACAAGUAGCCCAGCUGUAGAUGAACAGGCAAGUUCUAAGCCUGAUAAAUAUGUUCCUGGCUCAACAAGCAGCCCAGCUGAAGAAGAAAAAGAUAUUUCUAAACCUGAUGAAUAUAUUCCGGGCACAACUAGCAGUCCAGCAGAAGAAGAGAAGGAAAUCUCUAAGCUUGAUGAUGUAGUAUCUGGCAUUACAAGUAGCCCAGUUGAAGGGGAACAGGCAAGUUCUAAGCCUGAUGAAUAUGUUCCUGGCUCAACAAGCAGCCCAGUUGAAGGGGAACAGGCAAGUUCUAAGCCUGAUGAAUAUGUUCCUGGCUCAACCAGCAGCCCAGCUGAAGAAGAGAAAGAAAGUCCCAAACCUGAUGAAUAUGCACCUACCACUACAAGCAGCCCAACUGGAGAAGAAAAAGAAAGCUCUCAGCCCGAAGAAUUAACUACACGUACUCCUUUGGAGGAAGAACAUAAGUUAACCACAGAACCGGACCAUGGUGAAAAUACCGUUGUCAUUGCUGAUGAACAAAGUACGCCUCAUUCAAAACCAGCUAUGGAACAGGAACCAGAUACAAUCACCAAGGAAGAUGUAGUUACUCCACAGGAACAUUUUGCUACAGAAUCGAUAACAAAAGAUUCCGAAACUACUGCUGAGCCAGAUCGAGGCAUGAACACAAUUCCUGGAGACAUUAAUGAAGACGCAACUAAAGAACCAAUUACAACAGGUCAUCUGGAUAGUAUGGUUACUAAAGGUGAUCAAUCCACAGUCACAACUGAACCAUCAUUUAGAAAGGAAGACGAAAUAGCUUCAACAGAAAAAUCUAAAGAAAUUGGAUCAACUACGAUUAAACCAGAAUUUGUUGAUGAAGGACUUAUUCCGACAUCAGCACAUGACGAGAAGACUGUUACAAGUUCUGAUCUUCCAACAAUAGAAGAUGAGUUUACUACAUCGGUUCCAGAAUACGUAACAGAAAUAGUGGAAACAUUGGAACCUAAGCAAACAACAACGGAAUCAACCAAAGAAACAUCGUUAGUUACUGAAAUGUUACCCGAGAAAUCACCCGAACACGAUAGUGCCCCAACAACUAGUACAGAGAAGUCAUCAGAAGUCAGCGUUGGUAUGGUUACCCACGAAGAAUCUAGUCGCAUACCAGGUGAAGGCGAUUGUCUCCUAAAUGGUGUAACUUACAGAAAUAACUCUGUCGUGCCUAGCACAAACAAUUGUCAUACAGGUUGUCGAUGCGCCAGCAGUAUUAUCAAGUGUGAUCCUAUUAUUUGCAGUCCACCACCUGACUACAUGGACAAUUGCCAAUCUAUUUACGACUCUCCUGAUUCUUGCUGCCCCACAUUUGUUUGUGAUCAUCCAAGAGAAACAGUACCACCACAGUCAGACAACCAAAUGUCAGGAACAGAAUCUCCUAUGCCUUCUCCAACGAUUGAGUGCCGUGGUGAUCAAUGCGAACUUAGUGAACCAACAAAACAACCGACUGGUCCAUUAGAACCAUGUACUUCUGAAAAUUGCAUUAAUGAAGGUGAUCAUAAGCCUGACGUUGAAUGUGAAGCAGAAGGUUGCAAAGGUAUUGAACAUAAACCUGACGUAUCAGAGGACUGUGCUAACGGAAAAUGUCAGUUGCCACAAACUGAUGAGCAAGUAUCUCAACAAUCAUGUAAACCUGGAGAAGAGUGCAAAGAGGUGCCCUCAAUUGUUACACCUUGCGAAGGAGAGUUAUGUAACAAAAUUGAUUGUGGUCCUGAUGGUUGUGACCAAAGCAAUAUUCCACCACAGCCAGACAAACAACCCGAAUUGUGCAAUGAAGAAGAAGGAUGCAAACCUCAAGAUAUUCCUAGUUCUGACUGUACUGGAGAGGAACCGUGCAGAAGAAAAGAAAUUUCUGGUAGUGGUGAAAAACUGCCAAGUACUUGUGAAGGUCCGAACUGUAUCACUGAAAAGGAGACUAUAGUUACUGAAGGACUCUCUGACUUAAGCACUGAAUCACCUAAACCUGAAAAAUCACCAACUGAGGAAGUUCUAACGAUAAGCACUACAGAAAAGACAGGUGAAGAAAUUGAAAAAGAACAGUCUGUCACUGAGGAUGUAUCCACUAAGAAAUCAACAACAGAAGAAGAAUUGGCUACUGAAACACCAACUCCGACCGAAAAGAAUGAUCUACCUACUACUGGUGAAGGUAACCAAGAAAAGCCAUACGACAAAACUGAAGAAGGCGUAAGCACUAGUAGGCCUACUGUAACUGAUGAGUAUGAAAAGAAACCUGACAUUACUGAAAGAGAAGGCACAGAAUUACCCACCACUGAUAGCGAAACCGACACAGAGAAAUCAGUCAUUGACGAAUCAAGCACACAAAAACCAGCUAUUGAUGAAGAAAAGGAUAUAGACGUGCCUACUGUUACAGAUCAGGAAAGCACCGAUGUUCCAACUGUUGUAAAUAUUGAGACAGAAAAACCAUCUCUGACUGAUGACAAAGAGAAGCCCACUGAUACUGAAAAAGAUACAACAGAGGCUUCUGUAACUACAGAGAAAGUAAAUGCAGGAGAUGAUGAAGGAAAUGUUAAACCCUCAGACAAUGAAGAUGACAAUCAACCUGAUAUUGAUGACAGAGUCAGAGAACCUGAACUCACUGAUACGAAAACUACAAACAAACCAGCCGCUGAAACAGAGGGUGCCGAGAUUUCUGAUGUUACGAUGCAAGAAAUCACUACGAAAGCUAGUGUAACAAAUGAUGAAGAUAAAGAAUUAACAAAGACACCUAUUGAUCAAAGUGAAAAAGACGUUGAAACAUCUACCGUUAUUGAUAAAGACGGAACUGAUAUGGAACCCACAGAAAAACCAGGAUUAGAAGAAGAAAUGAAACCUCAUUCAGAACAACCUGCAAUAGAUAAGAUGCCUUCAGAAGAAGACAAAAAUGAAAUAGCCUCAGUCGGAGACGAAAACACAGAAAAGACAGCUACUGAUUCUGUUCUUUCUGUUGAAAGCUCAUCAACCCCAGCAUCAGUCGAAGUACAAAAGGGUUCUGAAGGUCCAUCUAUAACAACAGACGUAACUUCAGAAAAACCGCUUUACGUGGAUGAAGACCAAGAUAAACCUGUAUCGGAUAAAAAAGAAGACGAAAAGAAGCCUAUUGAUAGAGAUGGUACAGAACUGCCAGCAAUCGAUGCAAGUACAGAAAAACCAUACGUUGGUGAUGAAGAUAAUAAAGAAACACCAAUUAUCGAUGAUAUUAAUAAGAAACCUACCGAUGGGGCUCAAGAAGAUACAAUAAAACCAUUCAUUGACGGUGAAAGUACUGCAUUACCUGACUUUACUGAGAAAGAAAGUACAGGUAAACCGGUCAUCAUUGACGAAAGAACAGAAGAACCUGUGGUUAUUGAAAAACAAACGAGCAAACCCGUUUUAGAGGAAGGUAAAGAUAAGCCAGACAUUAUCGAAAAAUCUACAGAAGAAACUACAGUAUCUGAAAUGUACACUACAAGAAAGCCUGACCAUCAAUUAGAUGGAGAAAACCAAGUAAAACCAGUAGAUGAAAGUGAUACUGAAAAACCUAUUCUAGUCGAGGAAAAAGAAAAACCUGUCGGAGAUAAGGAAGCGGACAAAGAAAAGCCUGUAAUUAUUGAUGAGGAUAUCACAGAUCAACCCAAUGUUGCUGACGUGAAUGUAACUGAUAAACCUAAAAUUCACGAAGAAGAGGGAUCUGGUUCUGAAGGUCUAGAAACGACGCCUGCCACAGAGAUUAAAAUGGAUGAGAAAUUACCCGAAACAUCGGUUCAAACAACUGAGGUAGCUGCAGUGACUGAAAUAGAUAAAAUAACAAAUGCACCAGUUCUUGAUUCACAAACAACAGCUGCAGAUCUGAAUGCGGAAACCAUGGAUAUAGGCACAUCAUCUGAGUCUCCUAUCAAUCAAGUAUCAGAUUCUGAAGAAAGUAAAGUAACUGAUGGUAAGGAAACGUCCCAAAUGCCUGAAACUGCUACAGAUUCUAGUUUAGAACCAGAAGUAACUACCAGCUCGCCCGAAGCGGUAACGAUUACUAAACAACAAGAACAAGAAGACUCUAGCAGCACAGUAUCACAAGAUUUAAGCAGUGAAUCAUUAAUUACUAAAGCUCCAGAGCUACAUGCAACAUCAAAGCCCAUUGGUGAAGAAGAGGAUAUAUCCACGGAUUCACCGGACAUUGAACUGCCAUCUACUAAGCUUCCAGAAACCGGCCCAGUUAUUAUCGAACCACAGGAAGGUUUUGACACGGAAUCACCAGAGAUACACGUGACUGUAAAACCGACCGAAGAAAGUGCAACUAAAGAUUAUGAAAAGAAUGAGGACAAACUAACUCCAGAAUCACACGUAACUGAAGCCUCGUCUGCUUUACCUGAACUCGACACUUCUGAUAAAGAACAUCAUACCACAAUCGAAACCACACACGACGACGAAAGUAAAACUCAACGCCCUGAUUUAACAAGUUCUGAAAAGGAAGAAAUGGUCACUGAACCUGUUACUGAGCCAAUCAGAAGGUUUACUGAAAUCGAAGACCCAUCGGUCACUGGACAAGGUGAUGUGACGACUUCAUAUCCUGAAGCAUCAACAGAACAUCGUUUACCUUUCGAUACUGAUAAACUAGAAGAAACUGACGUUGGUUUGCCAAGUUCAGAGAAGCCGAUUAUAAUGAAUGAAACGAUGCAACCUGAGAUACCUAUUACAAAGAAUCCUGAAUACAUACUAGAAGAAGACAAAGAAAAACCGACAAUAAAUGAGUUUGAAUUACCUACGACAGAAAAAUCUCUUGUUACGGAUUCUCAAGAAAUUUCUCAUGUCCCUGAAGAAGAUACAUCUAGCUUUGAACAAACCACAGCUAUCCCAGAACUAUCUGAGCACAAACAUAAAGACACAACUUCAUUUGAAUCAGAAACUACUCAACAUCCAACUGAAGGAUUAAGCAAAACUUCUGAAUAUGUGACAGAGCCCUACCAAGAAACAAGCACAAAAUUGGACGAGAAAGAAGUGUCACAUGCACAACCUGGUGAUGACAUUGAACAUGAAACAAAAGUACCAGAGGCAAUGCCUACCGAGUCACUUGAUGAAGACAAGAAGGAACCGUCGGUUACAGAAAUUGAAAAACAACCUACUGAACAACCAUUAGAAGAAGUAAAUGUGCAAACUGAAAUGCCUGGUGUGAAAGUUACAAGCGAAGUUCCAGAAUCACUUGUUACUGAACAAAAAGAAACAAUUAACGAACAAGUGACUGUAUCGAGCGUACCACAAGAAGAAUCGUCCCAGGAACCAGAAUUAAUGACUACACUAUUUGAAGAAAUUUCAAAAGUUCCAGACGUACAAGACGUUCAUACGGAGGUACCAGUACACAUAACAGAAUCUGUAGAAGUAAGCACGAUACCAUCUGAACAAGAAAAAGAUUAUGUUACAAGAAAGCAAGAUACUGAUACAACAUUGCAGGAAUCACCAACGGCAACAGAAAAGCUUGAACCAGCCGAAGUUACUAAGAUAACAGAGCACACAUCACCUCAAACCGAAUAUUCAGAGACGACACCAUACCUAAUUGAAUUAGAAGAACACACUCACAAGAUAGUAGAUGACACAACAACGGUUUCACCUUCCGAUGAAGAGCACUCUUAUAAACCUGUAGAAGAUAUUUCAAUACCGACACCGGCCGACGAUGAACACUCCGGCAAACCUGUAGAAGAAUCCUCAACAAAAUCGCCUUCUGAAGAGGAUCACUCCAAUGUACCUAUAGAAGGUGUUCCAACAUCGUCGACAGCGGAAGAAGACCAUUCGUACAAGCCUGUAGAAGAAGGAUCAACAUUCAUACCCUCUGAGGAAGAACACUCUUUGAAACCUGUUGAAGAAGUUACAACGUCAUUACCUACUCAAGAAGAACAUUCUUAUAAGCCUGAGCUCGAAGCAUCUACAUCUUCGCCUUCCGAAGGCGAACAUUCUUACAAACCAUUAGAAGAAGGCACAUCCACAUCAGAUACCGAUGAAGAGCACUCAGAUAAGCCUACAGAAGAAGUUUCUACAUCUUCACCUUCCGACGAAGAGCACUCCUAUAAGCCAGUAGAAGAAACUUCAUCAUUCUCACCCUCUACUGAAGACUUUACAUCUAAGGAUCAUCAAGAUCACAUCACUACAGCAUUACCAUCCGAAGAAAAACUUACGACUGAGAACCAAGAGGGUGGCCGAGAACCGGAAGUCACUGAGUUCACCACUAAGUUGACUGAUGAUGUAGAAACCCAGACUAAGCCCAGUGGAGUACCUCAAGAUGUAACUGAAAAGGCACCAGAAUCAACACCAGUCGCAGAAACUACUCCAGCUGUGGCUCAAGAUGAAGAUAAAUACGAUGCUGAUCAUAAAGAAUCUACAACAUCGGCUACUGUUCAGAUUGCUGAAGAAACUAGUACUCCGGCAAUUGCCACAGAGUCAGAAAAAUUACCCUCUUCAGAAUCGGACAACAUUGCACCGACUGAAAAAGAAACCUCUACUACCGAAAAACCAUCUCCUCCGAUUGUAUCCCAGGAAACCACCACGCCAGAAGAAGAAAUUCUAUUCUCAACAACAAAAGCCACAACUAUCCGCCAAGGAGAUGAAGUGGAUGACAAGUUUGACAAACCAGAUGAAAAGCCUAUUGAGGCCAGCGAAAUUCCUCCAUCGAGCACCGCAACAGAAUCUUCGAAACCAAGUAUUCCCGACUUACAAUCUACAGAUGAAUUACCAAGUCCAGGCGAAGACGAACACUUCCCACCAGGAACUGGGCCUGGCGGAUACGGUGAACCAGACUAUGUCGAAGAGGAUCAAGCUUUUGGACCAGGAACGUGUCGUUACGGAGGCAAAGUAUACGUCUCUGCUCAACAAAUACCUAGAGAUGACCCAUGUGACUUCUGCUUCUGCUUCCGAAGUGAUAUCAUUUGUUUACAACAAAGUUGUCCACCACCUAUUCACGGAUGCCAUGAAGAACCUAUUCAAGGUUUCUGCUGUCCUCGAUAUGAAUGUCCCGUAUCAAUGGCAACUACAGUCAAUGUUACAACAACUACUACUACGACAACGACAACACUGCCACCUCAUUUCCCCACGCACUCAUACAAGGGGGCGGCACAAAGGAGAGGCUGUCAAAUAAAAGGACACACGUACAAAGUAGGAGAAGUCGUACGCUCAUCAUCAGGACCAUGUUUACACUGCACAUGUGGAGGAGACGGUCAAAUGAAAUGCGAUCCUAAAGCGUGCACACCAGAGCCUAUGUUAAGACAAAUGAUAGCUGCAGCUGUGUCCGCGAAGCGGCGAAGGUGAAGAUCUUCGACAGCAUCGGCAACUGUCUCGCACACGUCAUCACUGGGAUGAAGCACCUAUGUGAUAAAUAAUUUCAUCCACUCUUCUAUGCACAAGAAUAAUGCUCAACUCAAAUUAUCCCCAUGGAGUAGUUUAAGAUUUCGUGUCAUAUGUAGUAAUCUAUGUUAUUGAUUUUUUACUUUUCCAUAAACGUCGUGGCACGCGCAACUCAAUUAUUAAGGAAAUAACCGAUCAUGACUGUGAUUAAAAUAUUAUAAAUUUUAAUAUUAAUUUCUGAAACUAAAAUUUUAUGAAUUUUGAGUCUUCAAUUUAGGGCUAAUUUAUUUUAUUAUUUAUCUUUUCUAACAAAAGUCAGUGCCAAACGAUAGUGCUAAGUUGUAAACGACUAGGCCUUUAUGAUAAAAGUUCAAAAAUAUCAAAUGUCACUCAUAAAUUAAAAUUCAUAUUGACCAAAGCGAAGCUAAUUUAUAUACUCUCAGUAAAAUAUAUUUCGACCAAGAUCAAGCUUCAAAGGUCAUUUAGAUCGCCGAAAUCUUGACCAUUUUAAAUGUAAACUUAAUUGUUUUACCGAUUUAAGCUUAGUCAAUUUCUUUAUUUUUACACGAUGUUACAGAAACCGGUCUAGUAUCGUGUAAAUAUGAAGUUAUCUUAAGGAUCCCUGAUGUUGUAAAUGCCUUACUUAAUUUGUAAUAAUUUAUAUAUUUUAGGUGUAUAGUACUUAAGCCAUGUUUUGAGACCAGUGACUAUUAUAAUUUUAGAAGUAAAAAGGCCGUUUACUAUAAUAAGAAAAGCGCCGGUCGACGUGUUAUCCUUGGCCGGUGCUUUUCCUUCUUUCACGUCUUACAGAAAGUGACUGUCCUUGUUUUCUUUAAUUCGUGGAAGACGCGUGAUUUUUACUAGCACUUGUUCAGUGAUAGUGGCCAAUAUUUUAAUCGUUUUGUAAAAAAUUUACAAUAUGAUUACACGAGAAGCAUAUUGUAGGAUCUUUUGUAACUUUUGAUAUUAAAGUGCUGGUAGGUUUAUAAAUAAAGCAGAUCGAGAUGGGUACGAAAGAUCAGUAGACUGUUGCGACCGCUCGGGACCCAGGAGGUGCAGAGCGUAGCUCGCAUUAAUUCGUACCAACCUUUAUCUGUGCGCAAGUUGUAGUUAUAUUUCUUCUUAUUUAUUUAAAGUCGUAGCAAUAGAAGUAUUGGUCGAUAAAAUUAUUGUGAAUUGAAUAUUUCACCGAUUUUUUGAAAGAAAUACAUUCAAUCACAACAAAGUAUUUCAUUCAAAUCAUAUAUUAUUUGUUUAUGAUAUUUUACCAAGACUAGCGACGAUCUAGCUGUCUGUACAACUGUG